GGCCUCCUGCCCUGAGCGGCAGCCCCGUCAUCUCCGACAUCUCCCUCAUCCGCCUGUCCCCGCACCCGGCGGGCCCCGGGGAGUCUCCGUUCAGCCCGCCGCACCCCUACGUGGCCCCGCACAUGGAACACUACCUCCGCUCCGUGCACAGCAGCCCGACCCUCUCCGUCAUCUCGGCGGCCAGGGGCCUCAGCCCCGCUGACGUGGCUCACGAGCACCUGAAGGAGCGAGGCCUGUUCGGGUUGCCCCCGCCGCCGCCGGGGGCCAACCCCGCCGACUACUACCACCAAAUGACGCUCAUGGCGAGCCACCCGAACCCGUACGGGGACCUCCUGAUGCAGAGCGGGGGAGCAGCCGGCAGCGCGCACCUCCAUGAUUACCUCAGCCCCGUGGACGUGUCACGAUUUUCAAGCCCACGGGUGACUCCGAGAUUAAGCCGGAAGCGAGCCCUCUCCAUCUCCCCGCUCUCCGAUGCCAGCAUCGAUCUUCAGACGAUGAUCAGGACGUCCCCAAACUCGCUCGUGGCCUAUAUUAAUAACUCCAGGAGCAGUUCUGCAGCAAGCGGCUCCUACGGCCAUUUGUCUGCGGGGACAAUAAGCCCCGCGUUUAGCUUUCCUCACCCCAUUAACCCAGUGACGUACCAGCAAAUCCUGAACCAGCAGAGAGGCCUGAGCUCGGCCUUUGGACACACUCCCCCUCUGAUCCAGCCGUCUCCGACGUUCCCUCCGCGGCAGCACAUGGCCGUCAUCUCGGUCAACCCGCCAGCAGCCCAGAUCAGCAGCAACAGCAACUGCGUCUCCGACUCCAGUCAGAGCAAGCAGAGCAGCGAGUCAGCCGUGAGCAGCACAGUCAACCCCGUGAUUAACAAGCGCAGCAAAGUCAAGACUGAAGUCGAGGGCUUGCCACCAGUGUCCCCAACCACACAGGAGCAUCUGACAGACCUGAAAGAAGAUCUAGAUAAGGAUGAAUGUAAACAGGAGCCAGAGGUUAUUUAUGAGACCAACUGUCACUGGGAAGGGUGCACAAAGGAAUAUGACACUCAAGAGCAGCUCGUCCAUCACAUCAACAAUGACCACAUCCACGGGGAGAAGAAGGAGUUUGUGUGCCGCUGGCAGGACUGCACACGGGAGCAGAAGCCCUUCAAGGCUCAGUACAUGCUGGUGGUGCACAUGCGGAGGCACACCGGGGAGAAGCCGCACAAGUGCACGUUUGAGGGUUGCUCCAAAGCUUAUUCUCGACUGGAGAACUUAAAGACACACCUGAGGUCCCACACUGGAGAAAAACCCUACGUCUGUGAACAUGAAGGCUGCAAUAAAGCUUUUUCCAAUGCCUCAGACAGAGCCAAGCACCAGAACAGGACACAUUCCAAUGAGAAACCCUAUGUAUGUAAAAUCCCUGGCUGCACGAAGAGGUACACAGACCCUAGUUCCCUCAGGAAACACGUUAAGACUGUACACGGGCCUGACGCUCACGUCACGAAGAAGCAACGCAAUGACGUCCACCCAAGGCCACCUCCGCUCAAGGAAAAUGGGGACAACGAGGCAAGCGCCAAGCAAAGCAGCAAGGUUUCGGAGGAGAGCCCCGAGGCCAACAGCACCACGAGGAGCAUGGAGGAUUGCCUGCAAGUCAAAAACAUAAAGACGGAAAAUUCUGUGAUGUGUCAGUCCAGUCCUGGUGGCCAGUCGUCGUGCAGCAGUGAACCGUCACCCCUUGGCAGCACCAACAACAAUGACAGUGGAGUAGAAAUGAACAUGCAGAGCGGGGGAAGUCUGGGAGAUCUGACAGCGCUGGACGACAACGCGCCUGUUGUGGACUCAACAGUCUCAUCUGGUAACUCGACAUUCAGCCUGCAGCUAAGGAAACACAUGACGACGAUGCAACGACUUGAACAGCUCAAGAAAGAGAAGCUCAAGACAGUUAAGGAUUCCUGCUCAUGGGUGAACCCAGCUCCACAAGCCAGAAACACCAAGCUGCCUCCCAUCUCAGGAAACGGCUCUAUUCUAGAAAAUAGCAGUGGUUCUUCUGCUACGCUGCCUAAUCCACGAAUAAUGGAGCUGUCUGUCAAUGACGUUACGAUGCUGAACCAGCUCAAUGAGCGCCGUGAUAGUACAACGAGCACCGUCAGCUCGGCCUACACCGUCAGCCGCCGAUCGUCAGGGAUUUCCCCGUACUUCUCCAGCCGCCGCUCCAGUGAAGCUUCCCAGCUCGGGCAUCGUCCCAACAACACAAGUUCUGCUGAUUCCUAUGACCCGAUCUCCACGGACGCCUCCCGUCGCUCCAGCGAGGCCAGCCAGUGCAGCGGGAUACCAGGUCUGCUCAACCUCACACCGGCUCAGCACUACAGGCUGAAAGCCAAGUAUGCUGCUGCCACGGGGGGCCCUCCUCCAACGCCCCUGCCAAACAUGGAGAGGAUGACGCUGAAGAACAGGAUCUCACUUAUGGAUGGACCAGAGCCCACCUUGCCUUCCCUCCGCCUCCCGCCAGGGCCCAGGCGUUGCAGCGAUGGUAACACCUAUGGCUACACGUCAGCCACAGCAUUUCCCCACGAGGUGCCGGGCAACUGCACAAGGCGGGCGAGCGACCCCGUGAGGAGACCUGCUGGAGACCCCCAGGCCCUCCCUAAAGUUCAUCGUUUCAACAGCACCAACAGUAUGAACCCCUUCCAUCCUCCUCACCCCACGGACAGGAGGAAUUUCAGCCUCCAGAACUAUGCACGCUCAGAUGGGAGCCUCCCCCGGCAUGUCUACUCGCCCCGGCCACAGAGCAUUAGUGAAAACAUCGCGAUGGAAGCCAUGUCCAGGGAGUCGGAGGGGAACAUCGGAGACGAUGACAUUAUGCUGCCAGACGAUGUGGUACAGUACAUCAAUUCCCAGAGCAACGGGACAGCAGCUGAGAGCACUUCCAUGGGGUACAGCAGCGAGAUGCAGAACUUCCAAGGAAGUGGGAAACUGCAGGCCCCAGCCUUGCCCAGCCAGCGCAGGAUGGCCGUGGCCGAGGCAAACAUGAGUCAUUUGGGUCCAAUGAUGGCAGAGUGUCCAAUGAGCUUUGAUGCUGCCUCAGACAUGAGUAAAAACAACAUGCCUGUCCAGUGGAAUGAGGUCAGCUCAGGUACGGUUGAUAUCAUGUCCAAUCAGUCAAAACAGCAGUUUUCACAAGGAAACUUGGCUGUGGUCCAGCAGAAGCAGAACUUUGGUCAGUAUCAGAAUUACAACCAGCAACAGAUGCAGCUGACAGAGAACAGCAUGAAUGUAACACAGCAGAAUUUUAUGCAAAGAAACAUGGGCAUGGAUGGGCAGAGGCUAAAUUGUAUGCAGCGGCAACAGCUGAUGAACCUCGGCCCUGGAAUGAACCCUGACCUGGGCUCACACGGAGGGUAUAACCAACCUCAUCAGAUGCUGAGCCCUAGUGCAAUGAGCAGCAAUCCAAAUCAGAUCUCUCCUUCUUGUAGCAGCAUGGCAGUGAAGUCCGGUCCCCAUGUUCACCCUCAGCAAAUGGACAUGGCAACCGACCCUUCCUUAAUGGUCAGCAGCAACAGCGACCGCGCGAUGCUGAAUCAGGUCAUGCACGAGCAGAGUCAGCAGAACUACUCAUCUCAGCCCACCCACCUGAACUUCCCCAUGGCUCAGGAGGUCUUUCCCCAGCCCAUCAUGACUUCAGCCCAGCCCAGCUUCGAGCCUCAGCAGAGCAUGGUGGGUCCAGCUACGCAGGCCUACGCGCCCGGCAUGGUGCAGCCUCGUCCGCCGCCCGAACCGAGCCCGGCCAGCAGAGCCCGCGGCGUCCGCACCGUGCAGCAGCUGGGCUACAUGAGAACUCCCCACGGCACGAGCAACGCGAGCCCCGGCCAGGAGGCGGCCGAGGCUGCUCAUAAAAGAACCAGCGACAUGUUGCCAGCGCCGGCCCAGCAGUGCGCGGAUGGCGCGAGGGAGAACAACCUGAUGUACUAUUACGGUCAGAUCCACAUGUACGAGCAGAACAGCAGCUUCGAUGCCCACGCGGACUGCAGAGUCAGGCAGCAGUGCGCGCUGAGCGGCAAGCCGGCCGCCCUGCCUUCCCCGGGAGCCAACCAGGUGUCCAGCACGGUGGACUCGCAAGGUCUUGAGCCGCCCCAGAUCGAUUUCGAUGCCAUCAUGGACGAUGGGGACCAUUCGAGCCUGAUGUCGGGCACCCUGAGCCCCAGCAUCCUGCAGAACCUCUCCCAGAACUCCUCUCGCCUGACAACUCCACGAAACUCUCUGACGCUGCCCGCCAUCCCCGCGGGAAUCAGCAACAUGGCCAUAGGCGACAUGAGCUCCAUGCUGACCACGCUGGCGGAAGAGAGCAAAUUCCUCAACAUGAUGUCCUAACAGCCAAGCACAAGGGCUUAGCGCUAUCCAAGGGCCUCUGUGUGAAGCAGUUUUAUGAAUGUGCUUUCUAAAAAUAACCUGUUUCAAUAGAGUAGAUUUUUUUAUAAGUAUUAAAUACGUUAAAGGGAUUCAAAGUAAAAAUAAUUAAAAACAAGUCUCUGUACAGAGUUAUGUAAACUAUAUCCAGGCAGGUCAGCACCGCAAGGGUGCACCUCUAGUAUUGUUUUUGGCUUGGUUUCUCAGAGCACUGAAUGGUAUCACCGCCAAGCGAGGAGACUGCAUGAGAGCGGUUAGAGAUGAAACCCUCCCUCCCUGGCACCCUGUAAAUAGCACUUGUCAUUGUUUCCUAUUAGUUAUGUUUGCAAAAAUACCAUUUUCAACCCACCCCAGAAAGAAAUGGGAGGAUGUGGUUUUGAUCAGAAUAAAAGCCAUACUGUGUAUUCUGCUCUGAUGAGAGUAGUGUUUAGUUAUGUCUCCAAACAAGCCCUCUGCCAGCAGUAUUGUUUUAUAGAGUAAAAACCUUUGUACCUUGCAAAGAGCAUUGAUUCCAAACGGCUUCUCAGCAAAGUGCCUUACCAUGCUUUAGUGUUAAGUAGCCAAGGUCUCUCUUCCUUUAAAAUCAAGUAUAGUGUAUUGCCAGAAGCGUAUAUAAAAUGUACAUUUAUAAAAACAUAGUGGUGUUUUUGAGAAAACAUUGGAAAGACACAUUGAUGAGACACAUGAAAGGUGAGUGCACACUUUGAUCAGAUGUGUUUACAACGUGGUUUAUAUCAAGUGCAGAAUGGAGCAGAGGCCUGGGAACAGCAAUCACGGGGAAAAAAAUCCCCUGUGGCAGGAAGGCUCCAGCCUGCAAAGACGGAUCCACACGCAUAACUUUGCACCCUCUGAGCAGCAGCGUCGCUGUGUAGUGACUUUGUGCUGGGCGCUGGAUGCCUUUCUAAUGUCAGCUCACUAAAGCGAGCAUUACCAUAUCCCUGCGCCGCUCGGCAACGUCUGCGCUUUGAGCUUUCCUUCCUAAGAUGCUCACAUACCAAAGUGAUGGUGAUGAAGAGACUUUUAUGAUCAUGUCUGCCCUGUCUGCACCGUGGCACAGUAGCGGGAGCUCAUUUGUCU